AUGGACAACUUCAUGAAUAUGACUAAGGAUGCCGGGCACACGCCUGAGCUGCAGCGUCUUACCGACCUCCACGCCGUAUUCCACGAUGCCCUGAAUGGCAAGCUCAUCCUGGCACCCCUGAACCUCGAGGAGCCGGGCAAGAGAAUCCUCGAAGCUGGCACUGCGGACGGCCUCUGGCUGCGCAACGUGCGCAGCUCGCUCCCGUCGGCGGCAUCGCACCAGUACUUUGGCAGCGACAUCGAGGCCGAGCUCUUCCCCGCGCAACCAGACGGCAUCACAUACUUCCAACGCUCCUUCAACGAUCCCUGGCCCGUCAACCUGAAGAACACCAUGGACCUCGUCCACCUCCGGGGCAGCCUCGCGGGCUCUAGCCCGAAUAGACCCCACGACGUGAUCGAGAACCUUACCACGCUAGUGAGGCCCGGCGGCUGGGUCCAGCUUCAGGAGAUGAACGCCUUCAGCACGCCCGAGAACGGGCCGGCGAUGACCGACUUCGCGCGCAUGGUCCGGGAGGCGUGGACGGGGAUCAAGGUGGGUGACUUUGCUAACGAGUUGAAGGACAUGCUGGAGCAGGCGGGACUGCAGAACGUGCAGGAGAGGCGCGUUCUGAUUGAGAUUGGCAAGACGGCAAAGCCUGAGAUGCGGGCCAGCAGUGUCAAUGGGGUUACAUCGCCCAUAAAGCCGCUGUCAUCUAUUGCCAAGACUGUACCAAGCUCGUUCACUGAGGACCAGCUUGAUAACAUGCAAGCGAGAGUGAGGGAGGAGCUUGAGAACGAGGGUGGGAAGAUUGAGAUCAUCAUUGCGUACGGUCAGCGUGCUCAAGGUUAA